CUUCCAUGACGCAACCCACGGGGCGAGGGAAGAUGGCAGCGCGGUUGAGGGGUUUAGUUUGGGCCAGCCGGCCGCUGCUGCCGGUGGUCCAAACUUGGGAGCUCCACGCGCGGCGCUGGGUCCGGGCGCUGCGGCGGAGCCCCGUGAGAGUGGUGUCUCCAUCCGGACAGGUGGUGGAACGGAAGCCCGGUCCUGGGAAGCAGCCCCGUAGAGCGGCGGCUGAGACCGGUCCCCACGAGCCGCGACGGAAGCCGUCGCUUCAGGUGCCUCCAUCCCAGAAGCCCUGCACCUGGGAAGAUUCGGGGCUUCGCUAUGAUAAGGCUUUACCCGGAGACAGAAGGCUGAGCAGUGUAAUGACAAUUGUUAAGUCCAGGCCAUUUCGGGAAAAGCACGGGAAGAUCCUGCUGGAAGGUCGCAGGCUGAUUGCAGAUGCUCUCAAGGCUGGUGCUGUACCGAAAAUUUUCUUCUUUAGCCGUCUGGAAUACCUAAAGGAGCUGCCCAUUGAUAAGCUGAAAGGUGUCAGCCUCAUUAAGGUGAAAUUUGAAGAUAUCAAGGAUUGGUCCGACCUAGUAACACCACAAGGAAUAAUGGGGAUCUUUGCCAAACCCGACCAUGUUAAGAUGACAUACCCAGAGACUCAACUUCGCCAUUUGCUGCCCUUAUUGUUGAUUUGUGACAAUCUCCGUGACCCUGGGAACCUGGGGACGAUUCUGAGAUCUGCUGCUGGGGCAGGCUGCAGCAAAGUAUUACUCACCAAAGGCUGUGUGGAUGCCUGGGAACCCAAAGUGCUACGGGCAGCGAUGGGUGCGCAUUUCCAGGUGCCCAUCAUCAAUAAUCUGGACUGGGAAACGUUGCCCAACUACCUGCCCACCGACACCCGGGUCUACGUGGCUGACAACUGUGGCCUUUAUGCCCAGGCGCACAUGUCUAAUAAAGCCAGUGAUUACGGCUGGGUAUGUGACCAACAACUCUCGAAGUUACACAAGUAUGAGGAGGAGGAGGAGGAUCUAGAACCGGGAGCCAGUAAAGCCUGGCUCCCUGAAGUUGAGGUCCAGAGUUAUGACUUGGACUGGACAGAGGCACCAGCAGCUGUGGUAAUAGGCGGGGAGACCCAUGGUGUGAGCCUGGAGUCCCUGCAGUUGGCCGAGAGCACUGGGGGCAAGAGGCUGCUGAUUCCCGUUGUGCCUGGUGUGGACAGCCUAAACUCGGCUAUGGCUGCAAGCAUCCUGCUUUUUGAAGGGAAAAGACAACUGCGGGUCAGGGCGGAACACGUGAGCAGGGACAGGAGUUACCACUGAGAGGGAUCUUGGAAGUCAGUCCUUGAUUUGAGGUGGUUCCCAGCUCCUCCUGCGUUGUUAGGAGAUAGGCAGAAUAUGGUAAUCAGGCCAUAUUCAGGAGGCAAGAGGUGGGCAAGAUGCCAUUAUAUGAUUACUGGAAAAAUAAGAAUUUCCAUGAAUUUAUGCUUAUCUUCAAAAGUAACAAGGGUGAGAAUUCUUCCUGAGAUGUCCCCCAGCUCCGGAGCCGAACUUCCUCUCGAGAGAGCCCGGAGAACAAGCAUGACUCGUGCCCCAAGUGGUGGCAGAGUGGGAUUGCUUUAUGUUUAAGGGGAGGGGUUUUUGCAGGAACAAUCUCUGGUUGGCUGUGCUCUCCCAGGCUGGUGCCCCACUUUGGUCUGGGCCUGGCCAGGGUCACACACAAAUGUCUGAUGCAAGUGGCCCACAGAUUGUGCUUGAGACCCUCAAUGCCCCGUCAGCUUUUAGAAGGUAGAAGAGCCCACAGCCUUCAUACAGGGCUGAACCCACAAAGGCUCGUCCUCCAGCUUCACAGAGGCCAUGAUGCCUGUCACACCAGCAGGCUAGAUCUGGGAGGCAGCUCAGUACUCCUGGAGUCUGUUGGCAUUUGUUCUGUCAACACCUUGGAAAAGUGCUAAGAAAACGAGGUCACUAAAGGAUGAAGCCAGUGUCCUGCAGCUUUGUCCCUGGAUUAUUGUUCCUGCUGAUUUUUGUUACAAAAUAAAGAUCAAUGACCGAACAACAAA